AUGCGGCGCCAUCACAGGGCCGGAGGCCCGACUGUCCACGCCAGCAAGGUGAACGGCGGCCCUGUUCCCGACCCCUUCGCCUUGAUACGCGCCUUCGACUCCGAGACGAAUCCAACCAAGCCGGUGCGGCCCUCACCGCUCACGGCCUCGACCAUCCAGGGCUUGCCCCUCGACCUCAUCGACCGCCUCCGUUCCUUUCCGCUGUUCCUGUCCGCUCCCGAUUCGUUCCUCGCCGCCAUUGGCACCCACCUGCGGCCCCAGCUGUACUCGCCACACGACACCAUCAUAGCCGAGGGCGAUGAGGCCAAGGCCAUGUACUGGCUGGUUCGCGGUGCCGUCCGCGUCACUUCGCGCGACGGCGAGAGCACCUUCGCCGAGCUGCGCCCCGGCGCCUUCUUCGGCGAGAUCGGUAUCCUGAUGGACAUCCCACGCACCGCCACCAUUGUCGCCAAGAUGCGCUCCAUGGUGGUCCGCCUGAACAAGGAGGACCUCAAGAAGGAGCUGCCUCGCUUUCCCGAGGUCGAGCAGUCCAUCCUGGACGAGGCCAAGGAGCGGUUGGCCAUCUUGGAGCGCAAGAAGAAAGAGCUCAAGGACUCCAAGCAGCACGCCCGGGGGCCGUCCCGCAGCGGUAAGCGGUCGCGAGACACGACCGAUGGCGACGUGGAGAUGGGCGACGCUGGCGAGAUCAGGGAUGGGGAGGUCUUGGUUAGUAACAAGAAGAGGAAGUCGCCCAGCCCAGGCCUUGCCGAGGCGGCAGCGUCGAGCGCCAUCGGCAGCGGGACCGUCAACGUGCGUCAGCUGCUGAAGGAACUGCCCUUGUUCUCCAGCUUGCCCUCGGACAUUCUGCAUUUCCUGGGCCUUAACGCCCAACCCCGCACCUACCCUCCAUUCACCGAUGUCAUCCAGCAGGGUUCCCACGGGCGCGACGUGUUUUUCAUUGUGCGAGGUGAAGUUGAAGUCGUGUCCGAAACGCCCCCGGACGAAGAGACCAGGAAAAAGCAAUCCAGCCCCAAAAACAUCCAGCACGUGAUCGCCCGCCUCAAGGCUGGCCAGUAUUUCGGAGAAGUCGUCAGUCUGGACUUGGCUCCACGACGCACCGCGACAGUACGUUCGAUCGCCUCGGUCGAGUGUCUGGCAAUUGGUGGCGAUGUUUUGAACGAGCUGUGGCAACGAUGCUCCCCAGAGCUGCGGCAGCAGAUAGAAAACACUGCAAGAGCCCGUCUGGAUGCUGCUGCCCAGAGGGAUACGGAAAUGCCCGAUAUUUGUGACGGUACACCCGCGAUCAACGAGCUUGUCAUCAAUGACCGUACCCCCGAGUCACGCAGAAAAAGCCUUCCCGCCGUUACUUUCACAGACAGUUUUGCCGAAAAGGAGAACGGCUUUCCUCCCAAAGUCAAAGACGAAGGCCUAACCGUUGAACCCUUUGACCCUGACCCAUUCCUGAACGUCGAUCUCGACAACGCCCGCUCGCGAUCAAGGAGAGCUUCGCUUGCUCCGCCCCCGCCGGGUGCUCCCCCGGUGCAAGAGCCAGCUCAGGAGACACCCAAGUCGCAGGAUGCGCCAAAGCUUCAUCAUGAGUCUCCCAAGCCCAACGGACUCCUUCCCUCUCCCAUAUUCACGCAAGAAGAGCGCCUUACGCCAGAACGUUCGAGUUCCUUCAAGCGCCAGAAGAUCGUUCGGCGGCCAAGCCGGAAAGGAAAGGGCAUUCUUCCAGAUAUUAUCCUGGUCAAGAUCUUUCAGCAUCUCGACAUUGCAGAGUUGAUGCGCCUCCGAACUGUUUCGAUGCACUGGCUCAAGAUCCUGACCUCUUCGCCCAGCAUUCUUUACGACUUGGAUCUGGCACCCUACAACCGGCGUAUCACAGACCGGGUUCUCACCGAUAUCAUCUGUCCGUUCGUGGGUCAAAGGCCUCGGUAUGUCGACAUUAGCAACUGCUUCCAUCUGACGGACGAAGGGUUCACUGCCUUGGCAACGACAUGCGGGGCCAACGUGAAGAAGUGGAGGAUGAAGAGUGUAUGGGAUAUCACUGGCCAAGCGGUGCUUGAAAUGGUCAACAAAGCCAAGGGUCUGGAAGAGGUUGACCUCAGCAACUGUCGCAAAGUUGGCGAUAACCUCUUGGCACGCGUAGUGGGCUGGAUUGUGCCCGACUUGCCUCCAGGGUACAUGCAAGCACAACAGGCCCAGAUGAACGGCCGCUACGGCCGCAAGGCGCAGCAACAACAGGUGCAGCAGCUCCCUCCAGGGACCGUUGUCGGCUGUCCGAAGCUCAGGCGCUUGACGCUGAGCUAUUGCAAGCAUAUCACGGACCGUUCGAUGGCACACAUUGCGGUUCAUGCCUCCACGCGGUUAGAAUCGAUCGAUCUUACGAGAUGCACCACCAUCACGGAUCAAGGGUUCCAGCACUGGAGCGUUUAUCCAUUCCCGAAUCUCACGAGGAUCUGUCUUGCCGACUGCACUUAUCUCACGGAUAACGCAAUCGUGUUCCUGACGAAUGCUGCCAAAGCCCUUAGAGAGCUUGACCUGUCUUUCUGCUGCGCGCUUUCCGACACGGCCACGGAAGUUCUCGCUCUGGGCUGCCCGAUGCUCACGCACCUCAACCUCGCAUUUUGCGGCUCAGCGGUAUCCGACAGCUCUCUCCGCAGCAUCAGCCUGCACCUCCUGGAGCUGAAGUAUCUUUCCGUCCGUGGCUGCGUUCGCGUCACGGGUACCGGGGUUGAAGCGGUUCUCGAAGGCUGCAGUGAUCUCGAGGAAUUUGAUGUUAGCCAAUGCAAGAACCUGAGCCGAUGGCUCAAUAACGGUGGUGUCCAAAGAAAGGGCCGCGGAGUCAAGUUCGCCACGGUCGCGGACGGCACCUGGAGAGCACCAAGAACAUGA